UCUCUCUCUCUCUCUCUUUCUCCAGUGAAAGCAGACAGGUUCUGCACAAAACUGUGCCUGAAUGCAGUUCAGUCCCUGGCUAUUGGGCUAAGGGAGGCAGAUUGAGUCCCGAGUCUGUGGAUGUAAUGCCAGACAGCAACGGGCAGGAAGGAGUUAAGCUGAGUCGGAAUCAUGUGAAGGCGGUGACAGUGCACAGAGAGAGAGAGAGAGAAAGGGAGGUGGGCGAGAAUGAGGGAGAGGCUGUUUCUGAGCAGGCCACUGAGAGUGACUGUAUCCAGUGGAAGUAUAGGAGCUGUCAGAGUUGUGUGAGUGCAGUGGGCGUUUGACUGGUUAUCCUGCACCUCCGCUGGGGAAUGCCUUUGGGAUUUUUCCCGGAAUCUCCCUCGACCAUGUUUUUGGGGAAAGCAAGGAAGUGAACAAGGAGAGAGAGAGAGAGAGCAGUCAAUUCUCUGUUUCUCCCUCUGUGACUGCCACUGGGAGAAGGGGACAUGGACUCUGUAACCCAGAGCCUCGGCUGAAGGAGCACUUUGCAAAGCACCCAGCCUCUUCCCCAGCUCCCCCCCCCCCCGGGAUCCGAAUGAUCUUUGUGAAGAUGGAUGUAACUUCAACCCUGACAAUCCUGCACUGGCUACUCGCACUGUCCCUUCGCUGGUCCUCUGCCAAGACUCCACGUUACCCACUGCAGACACAGCAGCAAUCGAACCAAGUGAUGAGCUGGAUGGAUGUGUACUGGCAUUCCGUCUGUCAAACUCGUGAGACUCUCAUCGCCAUCAGUGGGGAAUAUCCCAACGAGGUCGAAUAUAUCUUUGUGCCUUCAUGUGUCCUGCUGACCCGAUGCUCUGGUUGCUGUAACGAUGAGAAGCUGCAGUGUGUCCCCACAGUCACUGAAACCAUCCUCCUGCAGAUUUUAAAAGUCAAACAUCAAAUGUCUAACCUGGUGGAGAUGCCGUUCACUCAGCACAGACGCUGUGAGUGUAGACCAAAGAAAGAUUUCAAACAAGUCACAUCAAGGACAGACCAGACAAAGCGCAGGAAUGACAGGGGACAGCGGAGGAAGCUGAUCCAGGAACCAACUCGCCCGUACGUCUGUGUCAACUCUCAUUCUACUAAACUCUAG